GGCUCCUCCCCAACAACAGUUCCCGACCCUCCGACGAGAAUUCAAGCUGCCACAUUGAAGAGGAACAAAAAGGCGACCUGGCAGCGGUUUCUGCACUCCCUCCACUUUCUCCGGGUAGUCACGGGAUUUCAAUGUUCAGCCUGCUCUUUGGUUUCUGUGACGACUUGAGCCGCACCUAUAUGGCGUGUGUGAGCGGAGAAUUUUGCCAGGCACAGCACCUCACCUCCGCGGAGAAGUGAAUCGGCCGCCCCCCGAGGGACUACGCUACCCAGAAACCCCCCUGACUGCCAGCUCACGAGGAACUGCUGACUCUUCAAAAGGCCCCCCCUGGGAUAUUGCGUAGUCCUUGGCCUGACUGCCCCUGCGUGUCCCAACCAAUACGAAAAACCUUUGCGUUCCACUUUCUUCUCGGACAGCCAAUCACAAACAGCUCUCCUGAAUGGGCCGUCUCGCCAACAUGAACCGCCCCGCUGCAGUCGAGAUUGUCCACGAGUGCAUGAGGUUCCUCAUCACCCACAACCCUACCAAUGCCACGCUCAACAAGUUCACUGAGGAGCUGAAGAACUUUCACGUAAAUACGCUGGUGAGAGUUUGUGAUGCCACCUAUGAUAAGGCUCCUGUGGAGAAGGAGGGGAUUAAAGUUGUGGACUGGCCUUUUGAUGAUGGCGCCCCUCCUCCCACCCAGAUUGUGGACGACUGGCUCAAGCUUGUCGGCACCAAGUUUCGAGAGGAGCCUGGCUCCUGCAUCGCUGUACACUGCGUGGCAGGGCUUGGACGAGCUCCAGUCUUGGUGGCCUUAGCCCUCAUUGAGAGCGGGGUGAAGUACGAAGAUGCUGUGCAGUUCAUAAGGCAGAAGAGACGUGGAGCCUUCAACUCCAAACAGCUGCUUUACCUCGAGAAAUACAGACCCAAAAUGCGUCUGCGGUUCAAGGAUAGCAACAGCCAAAACUGCUGCGUGCAGUAGGCUGCCUGUCAGUGCAUCUUUCUUAUGCGCAUCUAGUGGGGUUAUCUUCCAUCAAGGGGAGAUUUAAUUAAAAAUGAAGAGUGCUAUCAGUAAUUAUUGUGAUGAUUUGUAAACACUGAGUCAUGGUUAUUUGAUCAGAGAGCAAGCCAGUGAUCGAAUGAAUGAAUGAAUCUAGAUCUGGGGAUCCACCAGCCGAACCAAUGAAUGGAAGGUCAAAGCACACAGAUAGGCCCGCCUCCCGGUUACACUGUUCAACCACGGGCCAGAAUUUUUGUCAACUCGAGUCCAUCCUGUUUAUUAUCUUUUUAUUUCAGUUGUAAUCAUGGGAUAACAAUUUUCCAUUUUGUGAAUUUUUUUAUUUUCUCAAGAUAUGGUGAUGAGAAGAUGUAAUGUCAAAUGAUACUCUGAUUUUUACAUCCACUAAUUAUUGAUAUUAUGAUUAGGCCAGAAUAAUGUACCUUUUUAAAGAGAAACCUUUUUAAACUUUGAACACAUAUUACAACUGUCCAUUUUUGGUAUUGGGGUGUUUGUUUUUUUGUUUUUUGUUUUUUUUUUGCACAAAAACUCAAAAGUUCACCUGAAAAUGCAGUAAUGUUUUUUUUUAUUUUUCCUCUUACCCUACACUUCACUUAGAGUCACUUUCAGUUUAGGGGUACACUGAGUUUGAAUAUGUCUGAGAUAUUUAUUCACAAGCUAUGAUAUGUGUGGCAGUUAUGAGUUUGGCAGGGCAAGGACAGUUUGUUAUCCAAUUAUUUUAUUUUAUUUUUUUAAUCCUUCGAGAGCCAUGUCUUUUUUUUUCUUUUCUUUUUUUUUCUCCAUUUAUUUUUUGUUAAAUCUUGUUGGAGUGCAAUAAUCAGUCCACCUCAGAAAAGCCCACCAGACCCUACUGAGCAUUUUAUACACACACAUAUAGACACACACACUUUACUCAUUCAGACAGACAGGUUAACAACGUUACCUGCCUGCAUUCAUAAACAUGGGCUACUAUGGGACCUCCCUAAAUAUGCAGAAUUCAACCCACUCACUCAGAGCCUAAGAUCCAACCUGAAAGACAACGCAGAGAAGAAUGAAAUGGUCAGUUUUUUAUUAUUGUACCCAUUUUGAAAACAUCCCCAAUUCGUAUUGGUUCUUUAAAGAUAAAUAAAUUGAAAUAAAAAGCAUUACGUGUC